UUAGAGAAGUAAAAACUCGACAAUCUCUACUACUCGGUACUUCCACUCUCCAGUCUCUCUUCACUCUUGCUUGACCCAUUCAUUCACAUUCACCUGCUGCGCUUCCUCCGCUCCGACGUCGUCCUGCAGCUCUCUGUUCAUUUUUUUUUUAAAAAAAAAUCUUCAGCUAAAUUAGUAGGGGGGAAAAAAAAAAUCACUCCAUAGGUAUGGAGACGGCGCCGUUGCUGAGCGGAAGCUAUUACGAUGGAGGAGAAGAGCUGGUGGGGCCAGACGGCGAGUACCGGCAGGCGAGAGGGCUGAAGGAAUGGUGGUACGUUUUCCGGAUCGAAACGGUGAAGCUGUGGGCAUUAGGGCUGCCCAUAGCGUUCAACAUCAUCUGCCAGUAUGGGAUGAAUACGGCGACCACAAUGUACGUUGGACACCUGGGAGACGUGGAGCUCUCCGCUAUCUCUAUUUCCCUCUCCGUCAUCUCUACCUUCUCUUUCGGCUUCUUGCUUGGGAUGGGGAGUGCUUUAGAGACGCUAUGCGGUCAAGCAUUCGGUGCCAGGCAAGUUCAUAUGCUCGGUGUUUACAUGCAGCGGUCCAUGAUUAUUCUGUUUGUCACCUCUGUCAUCCUUUUGCCGCUCUACAUAUUUGCUACCCCACUCCUCAAGCUCCUUGGACAGCAGGAACAGAUCGCAGAUCCUGCAGGAAAAUAUUCCAUCCUCAUUAUCCCUCAGCUAUUUUCCCUGGUUGUUACUUUCCCAACCCAAAAAUUUCUUCAAGCCCAAAGCAACGUGGCUAUCACAGCAUACAUUGGAUUGGUUGCUUUGCUCCUUCAUGUUCUUUUGCUCUGGCUUUUCAUCUAUGUGCUUGGCUGGGGAAUCACUGGAGCAGCCGUAGCAUUUGACAUUUCAAACUGGGCUAUUGCAAUUGCUCAAUUCUUUUACGUCAUCGGUUGGUGUAAAGAUGGGUGGAAGGGAUGGUCAAUUUCCGCAUUCAGGGAGAUAUGGUCAUUUGUUAGGCUCUCUCUUGCUUCAGCAGUUAUGCUUUGUCUGGAGAUCUGGUACAUGAUGAGUAUCAACAUCCUCACAGGUCACCUUCAUAAUGCCGUGCUUGCAGUUGGUUCCCUAAGCAUUUGCAUGAGCCUCAAUGGAAUUGAAGCCAUGAUAUUCAUUGGAGUAAAUGCUGCAAUAAGUGUUCGAGUCUCAAAUGAGCUUGGGCUUGGACAUCCAAGAGCAGCCAAGUAUUCAGUGUAUGUUACAGUCUCUCAGUCCCUCCUGAUAGGGAUUAUUUCCAUGGUGGUUGUUCUCCUGGCCAGAAAUCACUUUGCUAUAAUUUUCACAAAUAGCACGGAUAUGCAAAAAGCUGUUGCCAACCUUGCUGACCUUCUUUCAAUAACAAUGGUUCUCAACAGCGUUCAGCCAGUAAUAUCAGGCGUUGCAGUCGGAGGAGGAUGGCAAGCUUUGGUGGCUUAUAUCAAUUUAGGUUGUUAUUAUGUAUUUGGGCUUCCUCUAGGAUUCGUUCUUGGGUAUGUGGCGAAUCUAGGAGUUAAGGGUAUCUGGGGGGGAAUGAUAGCUGGAAUUGGCCUGCAGACAUUGCUGCUUUUAGUAGUACUUUACAAGACCAACUGGAACGACGAGGUUGACCAGACAUCAAAGCGCAUGCGAGAAUGGGGAGGCCAAGGCGUUGACAGUGAAAAAUUGCAGAAUAAUCAACCUCCAUUUGGAAACGGUCAAACUUGAAUGAGGGCUCUCUUAUUUUCAAUAGAAGGAUUGAUAACAACGCCAUCAUCUCGAGUGUACUCUUCCGCCCUUUCCUGUUCCUAAUUCCUGAACGGCAAACAUGCACGGCAUAAUCUCGCCGCUUUGGAUCUUAUUCAGCAAAAGUUAGCGAACCCUAAGAUUGUAAGAGAACCAUUUGACAUUAUAUUAGAUUUAAAAAAAUUACUCUACCGAUGACAUUAUUGUAUUAGAAUAAAAUUACAGACAUUAUUUCA